AUGAGAGGGAAGCUACCACAAUGCACAAUUACCCAAUUCCCGCUCUACUGCCUUUCCGGCACCCCCCGCAUCAAACUGCCCAAGAUCCAGAAGGUCCCGAGUUGUCACACACGAGGAAUCGUGACGUUGCCCAACAAAUCGCAUCUUGUCAUGUCGAAGCGUGAGAUGAACCAAGAAGCUUCCUUCAAUCAGAAGGUGUUCAACUUGUCGCUGUCUCUAUCGCAGAGCCGCAUGAAUGAUGCAACGGAGCUACGCUGCAUGGUUUUGAAUGUGGAUGGGUCGGUCCAAUAUUCUGACACCCGGGGGACCAGAGAAGACGUCGCUAAGCGGUACGGUCUGGAUGCCCGUGAUCUGCGUAAUGUAGACCUUGUCUCUGAGGGAAUCCCACAUCUGUUGGUUCGUCCAUCAACGAUCUUCAUUAGCAUGUUCACCCUUCGGCUUCUUAUCUGCACAGAUGGCGUGCUCCUUUUCCUUUUGCCAAUUGAAGACAGCCACGUGAAGGUACAGGACGUGUUUUUGACCGACCUCCAGGGCAGGCUGCAGCCCGAUCCCGGCUGUGGCGUGCUAGCAAAACUGCCAUUUGAGCUACGGGUAGUGGAUGCAGCGCUUGCCUCGGUUAUCGCAACCCUCGAAGCUGAGCAUGUUCUCAUUCGCCGGGAAGUUGAAGAAAGCCUGCGUGAUUCAACCAGGGAAGAUGUCGUCCACGCCGUGCUCCGCGGGUUGCAGGAUCACCGAAAAAGGCUCGUGGCUAUUGAGCAGCGUGCCCGUCAGUUCCGGUCAGCGCUCAGGGAGAUGCUCGAACAUGAUGAUGAUAUGGCAAUGAUGUACUUGUCCGACCGUCAGGCGGGCAAACCGCACGUUGAAGAGGAUCACCAAGAAGUGGAAUAUCUCCUCGAGGGAUAUUACAAGAACACAGACGCGAUUUCGGAGUCUGCAAGCGCAUUGUUAGGGGACGUGGAACGGACAACAGAGACCAUCCAAUCCAUUCUCGACGUCCGGCGGAAUCAAAUCUUGAUCUUCGAGGCUCAGCUCGAGAUUUGUAUGUUGGGAUUCGCAGUGUCCACCUUUGUGGCAGGUCUGUUUGGAAUGAAUGUUGCGAACUUCUUUGAAGAGAGCACUUCGGCAUUUGCCAUCUUGGUGGGUGCAUGCGUGAUGGGAACUGUUUUCAUUGCCAAGUAUGGGAUGUGGAAACUUGAUAGAUACCGAAAGUUACGAUUUUAG